AUGAUAGAAAAUGAAGAGGAUCUGCUUUGUUUUUAGAAACAUAGGCUUCCUGUCUUAAUGAUUGCUUGGGAUAUAAAAUUAAAGAAGAAUAAAAAACUGUUAUGUUCUAAAUGCCUAGAAAUUUUGGAAUCAGAAGUUGAAUUUAAGAAUUUUAAGAAAACUUAUUAAACAAUUGAAGAAAAUUAAAAGUUAAAGAAAGAAUAAGUUGAGAAAAUAAUAUUUAUUAAUAUAAAAUAGAUAGAAUAAUUAUAAUAGGAAUUUCAUUAAUUAAAAUCUAAUGUUGUUCAAUAAUUAGAUGAAUUAAUUGGAAAUUUAGAUGAAUGGAUCAAAUAUUUAACCGCUUUUGCCUAAUAAAAUUUUCAAUAUAGUUUCUUUGAAGAAUUGGACAUAUUAAUUACCUAAAAAAAACUUGAUGGAUUCAAUUAAAAAUCUUUAAUUCAUAAAAUCACUUAGAUUAAUUAAUCAUGGAAUUAAAAGCUUAAAAAACUAAAUUUAUUUAAUUCAUUUUAAGAAAGUAAAAAAUGUUAAGAUAUACUAAAAGUUAUAGAAAAUCUCAAUUAAAUAAAUGAAAAAAUCUCAACAGAACCAAGCUUAGGCAAUAUAUAAUUAUAAUAGCAUAUGAAUUAAUAUAUAAAUCAAUAAAAAAUAUUAAAAAAAUAAGUAAUGAUGGAUAACUAAAUUGAAUUUAAUUUAAUUGAUGAUUCAAAUUAAUAGUAAGAGUAGUGUUGGGUGAUAGUGUUCAAUAAAACAGGAUCAAUUAUGAUUUCAACUUGUAAUAAUCUUAUUAAAAUUUGGAAUUUUGACUAAGGAAGAUUACAAAUAUCUUAUAUUUAUGAAGUACAUGUAGAUGAUGUUUUGUGUUUGGUUUACAGCAAAUCGAGAAAUAACUUUAUUUCUGGAUCGAGAGAUAAUACGAUAAUUUGUUGGUAAUAAAUCAAAUAAAAGGGAUGGAAAUGUUCAUAACCAAUCUAAUAACAUAAAGGUUGGGUUCAUUGUUUAAUAUUAAAUAAGCAAGAAGAUCAACUUAUAACUGGAAGUGAUGAUUGUUCAAUAAGAGUUUGGAAAGUAGAUUUUAUUAAGAAUGAGCUUACUUUUCUGUAAGAAUUAGUUUAACAUACCAACAGUGUAAAUUCAUUGAGUUUUAAUUAAUCUGAAACUGUGUUUGCAUCAUGUGGAUUUCAUGAACUUAUAAUAUGGGAGAAAGGAUUAUAAGGAAAAUGGAGAUUUAAAUAUAAACAAGAUGUUUUUUAUGGAAAUAAAAUACAUUUCAUAAAUGAUCAACAAUUUAUUUGGGUAACUAAAUCUAAAAAUAUUGAUGAUAUUUUGGUGUUUGAAUAAUAAGCUGGUGUCUUUAAAAAGAAUUCAAUCAAAAAUAUUCAAUUAAUAUAAAAUAAUCAAUGUGAUGAUGAACUUUAUUUUCCAAUAAUACAUAAUAAAGAGAAAAACAUGAUUUUGGUAAGACAUAAACACCAUAUAUAUCUUAUUAGACAAUUAAACAAUGCUUUAUUUAAAACUAUUGUAUCAUUGAAUUGUUAAAUUAAUGAGACUUUUGGAGGUAUGACCAAUGAUGGAUAGUAUUUAGUAUUAUGGGAUAAUAAAUAUCAAAAGUACUCAUCUUAUGAGAUUUUAAAUAAAUGA